GACUCUUUUCUCCCUCUCUCCCAGGGAACAUCCCCUCAGUCCCGGGAGCCGCUCUCUCUGAGACCCAUGGAUUCAUCAGUCGGACAGCUGGUCUUUGGCAAACACAGCAGGAUGUUACCAUGGGUGUCCCUGCUGCUCGUCUUCCUGAUGACCAUCCCCCCCACAUCUCCCACGUCCAGCCACGAAGAGGAUGAGCCCCAUGUGCCCCUGAGAGACGAGGUGACCCGCUGCCCGUCCAGAUGCAUCUGCACUAGAGAAGAGAUGGUGGACUGUGGUGGUGUGGAUCUCAGCCUUUUCCCAAGCAACCUGUCUGCUAACAUCCAGCUCUUGUCCCUGCAGAAUAACCAGCUGGAAAAGAUUCCGGCAGAGGAACUGUCCAAGCUCACCAAACUGAGAACACUCAGCUUACACAACAACAAGCUUCUCUCCAGAGGGUUACCAGACAAGGCUUUCAAGUUUCUGCGGGAACUGGAGCACCUCUACUUGUCCAAUAAUAAGCUGACAGUGACACCCAGGAGGCUACCCAACACUUUGCAAAUCGUUGACUUUGCUGCCAACCACCUGAAGGAGGUAUCCGUGCUCACAUUCAGCCACAAGCCAUGGCUCAGGUCUAUCUAUCUCCACAACAAUAAGCUGACAAACUCGGGCUUGCCCAAGGCCAUGUUCAAUGGCUCGCAGAUGGUGACUACUUUAAUUCUAUCCAGCAACAAGCUAAGACAAGUACCCGAGAACCUCCCACCUCUGCUUGCCCAGCUGCAUUUACAGAACAACAAAAUCACAAAGAUCCCCAAAGGUGCCUUCAGAAACUUGGAGCAACUUCGAGAACUCUACUUGCAACGCAACCGUCUCUCUAACGCAGGUAUAACUGCACAAACCUUCAGUAAAAUGAAGGGGCUGGAGUACCUGGAUCUGUCCAGUAACGGCCUGGUGAAGAUCCCAGAAGGACUCCCACCCAACAUCGUCAUCCUGCAGCUGGGGAAGAACCGCAUCACCUCCAUUUCCGAGAGCAGCAUCAAUGGGAUCCGGAACCUGGAAUACCUACUGCUUCAAAACAACCGUAUCACCAGCGCUGGGAUCCAUAGGGGGGCUUUCGCAAAGGUGAGAAAUUUACACACUCUUCACCUGUUUAACAAUCCACUUGGAAAGGUCCCGGAUGGUCUCCCUCGCCGAGUCAACUCUCUCAUGCUCCUCCACAAUGGCAUCCAAGAGAUCGGUCCCAGUGACUUUGUCACCACGUACCACCUGACCGAGUUGAACCUGAGCUACAACAAACUCCACAGCGAGCGCGUUCACCGACUGGCUUUUCGGAAGCUUCAUCGCUUGAAGAGGAUCGACCUGUCGGGCAACCACCUGACGCAGCUUCCCAGCGGGCUGCCGCCUGGCCUGGAAACUCUGAUCGCGCAGCACGGUCAGAUCAACCGGCUCUCUGUCACGAGUCUGCGCAACAUGAAGGCCCUGCAGGAACUGCGCCUCAAUCACAAUGAGCUGACCGUCCGCAAGAUAGAACCAGGAACCUGGGGGCAGGUCCCCAACCUCAAGUUAUUGGAUCUGGGAUAUAACAAAUUGUCCUACGUGCCUCCGGACCUCCCGGAAUCGCUGGAGUAUAUCUACCUGCAGAAUAACCACAUUUCAAUGAUCACCUCGGACUCCUUUGCCUCCACUUUAAAUAUUAAAGUCAUCGUUCUGAGGUCAAACCGGUUGACUUCUGCAGGUCUGGAGAGGAAAGCACUCAUGGGACUGCAACAUCUGCAAGUUCUAGAUCUGACAGGAAACCUAGAGCACAUCAAUGUCCUUUUGCACAGUGACUUGGAAGAACUGACUCAAGCAGACAGCAUCAACGCAGUGGCCAGGCAAAGAAAUACAAGCAGUCAGCUGAGCUGAGGAACGCAGAGGCUGUCCAUAGCCAGCUAGAACAGUGAGUAACGCAAUCAUGAAACACCAACUUAAGAGCCCUUACCGUCAGAACUCACCAAUUGAUAAACUUAAACAAACCCAUUACCUGGAGCAGUCAUAACCUCAACCUACUUUCUGCUGAUCAUAUCAACCUGACUUUAUAUUAAAUGUAUUUGACUUCUCUAAGAGUCAAUAAAUUGUAAGUAGUUAAACAUAAAACUGUUUAGUGACACCAGCAUAAUGAUAAACCCGAACAAGAAAACUAUCAGAUGCUCCAAACCUGAAAUAAAACAGAAAAUUCUUCAAAUACUCAGCAGGUUUGGGCACCAUCUGUGGAGAGAGAAAUGAGAAAUGAGAAAUGAGAAACUGAUGAGUUCUGAUGAAGUACCCCACAUCUGAAAUAUUAACUGCUUAUAUCACGACAGAGGAUCCUAACCACCUGAAUGCUUGCAGUAUUUUUUGCUUUUAUUGAAAGAUAAUGUAAUUACAUAAUGAAAGAUUCAGUAAUUAAGUGUAAAUGAAUUAUUCCUGCACUCAGUCCACACUGUCCUCUUUCUCUAAUUACCUGGUUAAAUAGAAAGACUAUGGGGGAUGGAAACUGCUAUGAUAAAGCCAGAUAUUCCUGUUCAGAUAAGUCUGACCAGAGCCUCCUCUAUAGCCACGACAAGGCUAAACUCAGAUUGGAGGAGCAACACCUCAUAUUCCCUUUGGGUAGCCUUCAACCUGAUGGCAUGAACAUCUAUUUUUCUAACUUCUGGUAACUCACGGUCUUGUUUUUUUUAUUCCCCAUUCUGGUUAUCCUUUCACCCCUUCCCUUUUCCUCAUAUGUCCAUCAAUUUCCUCUGGCUCCCCUCAUUCCUUCAAUUCUUCCACGGUCCAUUGUCCUCUCCUAUCAGAUUCCUUCUUCAACGCUUUACCUCUUCACCUAUCACCUCCCAGCUUCUUACUUUGCCACCUAUCCCCCUCAUUCACUCACCUACCACCUCCUUGUACCCUUUUUCCCUCCCUACACCUUAUUCUGGUUUCUUUCCCCAUUCUUUGCAGUCCUGAUUAAGGUCUUAGCCCAAAAUAUUGAUUGUUUAUUCCUCUUCACAGAUGCUGCCUGACUUGUUGAGUUGCUCCAGCAUUCUGUGUAUGUUUUACCCGAUUGAAACAUCUAGUACUCAUGGAGAACUCUCAAUUCUUCAAUAAAAUAUUCCCUUAAAUCAAUAGGACAAGCAAGUCUUAGCUGACAAAUUAAAGGGAGCAUCCACAAUAUAGUGCUGAUUCAUUAAGGCCUUGCAUGUUGAUUUCAAUCAAGAUCUGUUUCCAAUUCUAAGCUGACCAACUGAGCCAUUCAUUACGUAUUUUGGUAUCCUUCAGUUGCUGAACUUUAGAACAAAUCUCUAGGAGCAGUGAUUCUUCACACAGUCGGUUCAAACUGUUUGAUCCACUUCUCCAUCAAGACAGCCCGACAAAUCUACAUUUGUAUAGCACCUUUUGUGUAUGCACAAUGUUCAAAAAAGUGCAAAGGAAAUUCUUGUUUGAAGAAUACCAGCAUCUAAAAAACUCUUAGGUAGGCACAUUAAUUGAUAGAACACUGAGGGGUAUGUAGGAAGGAAAUUAGAUUGAGUUUAAGAGUAGGUCAAAAAGUCAGGCCAAAGGGCCUACACUAUACUGUAAUGUUCUAUGUUCUAUGAAAUG